CCAACCGUCUUCCCCGCCACCGGCGCACCUCCGCGAAACCCUCGCCGGAGAUGAGAGAGAACGGGAUUGGAAGCGAUCGACGCCGUUGAUGGCUGAUGUAUGCGUGAAUAUGGCAGGCGAUGGCGAGUCCUUGGCCAAAUGCUGCGAGCCGCGCCGCCUGAGGAUCGAGCACGCCGGAGAGACCUCGAACUGCGGCGAGAAACGAGUCGCCUCGGCUGAGCCACCGGCGGCCGAGAAGAGAACCCGGACGGUGGCUCCGGUGGUGGCUUUUGGGUCGGUGUCGCUCUGUGGGUUGUCGCGCGAGAUGGAGGACGCUGUUUCAGUUCGCCCGGCGUUUUGUCGGCUCGCCGGCGGCGAGCUGCUCCACUUCUUCGCUGUCUUCGAUGGCCAUGGAGGUUCCCACGUGUCGGCGAUGUGCAGGGAAAGGAUGCACGAGCUGGUGGCGGAGGAGAUAGGCAGGGCGGGGACGAAGGCGGCGAACGAAGAGGAGUGGAAGGCGGCGGUGGAGAGAGCGUUCGCGAGGAUGGACGAGGUGGUACUGGCGGCGUGCGCUUGUGGGAGACCUGGGCCACCGCCGUGCGGCUGCGAGAGAUCGGGGUUCGAGUCCGACGUCGUGGGGUCGACAGCCGUUGUCGCCAUCGUCUCUCGAAGCCGGAUCUUAGUCGCCAACUGCGGCGACUCUCGUGCCGUCCUCUCCCGCUCCGGCCGCGCCCUCCCCCUCUCCGACGACCACAAGCCGGACAGGCCGGACGAGCUGGCGCGCAUUGAAGCCGCCGGCGGGAGGGUGAUCUACCUCAACGGAGCAAGAGUCCAUGGAAUCCUCGCCAUGUCCCGUGCUUUAGGUGACAAGUACUUGAAACCAGUAGUCAUAUCAGAACCAGAAGUGGUUGUGAUGGAAAGAACUCGAUCUGACGAAUGCUUGGUAAUUGCGAGUGAUGGAUUAUGGGAUGUUAUAUCGAACGAGCUAGCCUGUGAUGUAGCUCGCCGGUGUUUAGAAGAGGGUGCUCUAUCAAGCGGUGCAGAUGAUGUCACCAGAGCAGUCAUAGAAAAUGUCACUGAUGAAGAAAAAGAACAAGCCUCAGCUCCGCGCUGCUCACUUGCAGCUGCAUUGCUAGCUAGGCUUGCUCUUGGAAGGAAGAGCGCCGAUAACAUAAGUGUUAUUGUAGUUGACUUGAAAAGGAGCUUUGGACAUUGAAGAUGUUGGUUUGUUGAUCAGGUUGGUUGGUGCAUAAUGUUUUUUCUUUUGUUCUUUUCUUACUUUUUUUUCGUAUUUUUGUGUCUUUUAUAACAUCUAAAAGUUGCAAGAAUGGGUCAUGGAAGAAGGAAAAUUGUAUAUAGAAUCAGGAACACUCUGAUGAUGAAGAUGAUAGCUGUAUGCCUUCUUGACUGAAGUAGCAUUACUUUUGAAACUCUUGUAAUUUUGGUUCUUUUAUUUGAUGCACUGUAAUUUAUUUGUACUUUGUUUCUGUAUAUUUUUGGAAUUUCUA